CUAGAAGUAUCAAGUAGUAGUAAUCUUUGGGUAUUACAAACAAAGCCUAAGAAGUGCUUCUGAAAAUGGCGACUUCUUUGCCAAUGGCACUAUGGGCCUUGGCAAUAUGUUUGUUAGCUACACAUGUAGCAGCUGACCACAAGCCUUACGCUUAUGCAUCUCCACCACCAUCACCUUUCUAUUACAACUCCCCAAAGCCACCACACGAGCAACACGAGCACCCACACCAUUUCGAAUCCCCAAUGCCGCUACAUGACCAACACGAUCAUCCACACCAUUACAAAUGGCCAACAGCACCAUCUCCAUCACCUCUUCCUCCUUACUACUACAACUCCCCACCUCCUCCUUCCCCAUCACCACCUCCUCCUUAUGUCUACAAAUCCCCACCACCACCAUCACCUUCACCACCUCCACCUUAUGUUUAUAAAUCUCCCCCACCACCAUCUCCAUCACCUCCACCACCUUAUGCUUACAAAUCUCCACCACCACCAUCUCCUUUCCCACCUCCCCCAUAUGUUUACAAGUCCCCACCACCACCGUCCCCGUCACCUCCACCUCCAUAUCUGUACAAAUCACCACCACCACCUUCACCUUCACCACCUCCACCAUAUGUUUAUCAAUCUCCCCCACCACCAUCUCCAUCACCUCCACCACCUUAUGUUUACAAAUCUCCACCACCACUAUCUCCUUCCCCACCUCCACCAUAUGUUUACAAGUCCCCACCACCACCAUCCCUGUCACCCCCACCUCCAUAUGUGUACAAAUCACCACCACCACCUUCACCUUCACCACCUCCACCUUAUGUUUAUCAAUCUCCCCCACCACCAUCUCCAUCACCUCCACCACCUUAUGUUUACAAAUCUCCACCACCACCAUCUCCUUCUCCGCCUCCACCAUAUGUUUACAAGUCCCCACCACCGCCAUCCCUGUCACCCCCACCUCCAUAUGUGUACAAAUCACCACCACCACUUUCACCUUCACCACCUCCACCUUAUGUUUAUAAAUCCCCACCACCACCAUCCCCAUCACCUCCACCACCUUAUGUUUACAAAUCCCCACCACCACCAUCUCCCUCCCCACCUCCACCAUAUGUUUACAAGUCCCCACCACCACCAUCUCCCUCACUCCCGGCUCCUUAUGUAUACAAAUCACCACCACCACCUUCACCUUCAUUGCCUCCACCUUAUGUCUACAAAUCCCCUCCACCACCAUCUUCAUCACCUCCACCACCUUAUGAGUACAAAUCACCACCACCACCUUCACCUUCACCACCUCCACCUUACGUCUACAAAUCCCCACCUCCACCAUCGCCCUCUCCACCUCCACCUUAUGUUUACAAAUCUCCUCCACCUCCUCCCUUUUAGUAAACAAUGACAAGUCAUCGGCUCAUAUCGUGGAUUACUGAAAAAAAUGUAAUUGUUCUAAGAAGGAAAAUGAUACUAUAUUGGCGAGGAUUGAGCUCAAACAUAACCGCCAGAAAAAGAAAAAGGAUGGUUGAAACAACCUUUAUGCUUCAAAAUUUCUUUUAUGAUGAUUUCAUCUUGCACUCAUGUAUUCAAGUAUAUUUUAUUUGAUUUCUUAUAUGUUCAAUCAAUAUGUCUCUAAAUGCUGAUAUUUGGAAUAAAAAGAAACUUUCUUCAGUAAGGAAAACUAUGUCCUUGCUUUCU